UUCUGCUAACUGCAGUUCAGUAUUGUAUCCGUCGAUAGCAUCGCAGCUGCAACAUAAGCAGAUGAAGCAGUCAUCAGUCACCUUUCACCUCUGUAGUUGAGCAGCUUCCGAUAGAAUUUCUACAAGAGGUGGUCUGGUCUAAGGUCCGAGCUACCGAAUGCAGGUAAGCAGCGAUGCUACCCCAUUCUGUCUCCAAGUCAAUUCCGACGCAAAUAACCAAAUAAACAGGGUCUCCGUCUGUUCGUCCUGAGAAACUUGCUCUGUACCUGCAUCCCGGGACAACAUCUCCAUCACCGGCAUCAUGUGGGCAUCACAGAGCUUGCUGUCAGGGUGUAACAGUUGCAUCUGCAUGGAAGGGCUGACGGGCGAGCAGAGGCUUGCGUUCCAGGAGGCCUUCUCGCUCUUCGACAAGAACGGCGACGGAUGCAUCACCAUGGAAGAGCUGGCUGCAGUGACUCGCUCCCUUGGUCUUGAUCCUAGUGACCAGGAGCUCAACGACAUGAUGAGCGAGGUUGAUACGGAUGGCAAUGGGAUCAUAGAUUUCCAGGAGUUCCAGAGCCUCAUUGCCAGGAAGAUGAAGGAUGGCGAUGGUGACGAAGAGCUGAAGGAAGCAUUUGAGGUCCUAGACAAGGACCAGAAUGGCUUUAUCUCCCCAAACGAGCUGAGGACAGUGAUGAUCAAUCUUGGGGAGAAGAUGACUGAUCAGGAGGUUGAGCAGAUGAUCAGGGAAGCAGACACUGAUGGCGACGGGCUGGUGAACUAUGAUGAGUUUGUGCUUAUGAUGAAGAAUGCUGAACGGAAGAUAUCUGGGUGAAGAAGAUGUAAUGUGAAACCACUAGUCCUCAGGUUGGAUGCUUCUGUUAUAAGUUUACUGUAAAUUACAACCGUACGUCCAGUUUAAGUUCUGUAAGUGCUGGAUUCCCCUAAUCCUCUGUGUGUUACAAGGCUAGCUUGCAGUUUGUAAGGUUGUGAUUUGUUUCAUUCUAGAGUGUUAGCAAGGUGACAUGAAUUCAGAUUUUAAAAUACCACAUAUGUGAAGUUUAUAUGUAACAACGUUUAUAGGUUCUUGAAACUAUGUUACGAAUCCA